AAUAAAGUGUGUAACGGUAUAAAAUGACUGGACGUGGUCGUAAUCAAGGAACGAAGCUCGAAACUACCAUCGAGCAGUGUCGCAGUGAAGGACGCUGGAAACGGGUGAUUGAGCUUGCUGAAGAGUUAAAAACGGGAUAUCCUCAAGAAUGUCUUGCCAACUUUCUGACUGGUGAAGGAAAGCUUGAAUGCUACCUGGAGGAACAUCCGCCGAUAGAGGACAACUACUCAAAAGCAAAGCUGGGACUGUCCGAGGCCAAACGCUACCUUAACUCCGUCACUGGUGAGAAUGGCAAGAAGGCAGGCUUUGCGCUGGAUGCACAUUUGCUGUUGGCGAAGCUUUACUUCGCCUGUGGCCAGUAUGAAGAAUCGCUUCAGAACUUUGUGCUGGCGGAGUUGAACACACUGUCGGAGAAGCAUCUAUCAUCGAGAAGUAUCAGAAUUCUUGCCGAAUCGUACGCCAUCAAGGGUAUGUGUUUGGAGAAGAAAGGCUCCAAAGCACCGUCCAAAUUUAAGCAAGCAGAGCAAGAAACGGAAAUGAUUACGUGCUUUGAACGGGCGGCCGAUCUCGGCAUACUCUAUCUGCAGGGUCAGGACAAUAGCAAUCAGGGUGAGGUUCGGCGUAUGGGAGCCAUUCUUGAGACGGGUCUGCAGAGAGCGCCUAUCGUGCUGAUAAAGGCCGGAAAGCUGCAAAACGCCAUCGAACGUUACCGGGUGAUGUUGAGCGCAGUCGAAACGAAAGCAACACAAACGUUACGCCUUACCCUGGCCCGUCAGCUGGCGGAAGUUUUGUUGCGUGGUGUGUCAGGCACGAUAUACACCCUGCCGGCUAGUAACACCCCAACGCGCAAUGCAUCUGGCGGCAGCAACAAGCGCCUCUGGGAACCGCGCAAAUAUUCCGGCCGACAGCAAUUCAUCCCGAAGAAUCAACACGAAGAAACGAUCUUGCUACUGCUUAUCGCGGAAACGCUCGCCGUACGAGAUGCCGUGCUGUCGCAGUCGCCCGAGUUCCGUGACGCACGCGUCCACUCGCUCGGUAAUGCGACAGCCAUCUACGAUCUGCUCACGUUGGCGACCGUACGCUGGAAUCAGGUGCCGCUUCUGCAUGAUUCGCUCGAGAAGGCACUGAAAUUUGCGUUCGGCGAAAGUCACGUUUGGAAGCAGUACGCCACGUGCCUGAUGGCGCUCGGCCGCUACAAGCAUGCCGUGUGUGCGCUCAAGGAACAUUCCAAUCUGGAGCCGAGUGAUAGUGUGUCCUGCCUAAUGGCGGCUCGCGUUUGCUACGAACAUUUGGACCAGGUAAAGGAAGGCCUCGCUUUUGCGGAGGAAGCACUUCGCAAAGAGCAGAAAAGCCCUAUCGGACGAAGAUCGCGCGCUCAACUGUACGUAGGAAUUGGACUGCAACAGAUGGCGGUAUCGUCGAACCUAGUCUCGGAACGGGAUCGCUACAAUCGGCUGGCGUACGAAGCGCUCGAACGUGCCGUCCAGCAGGAUCCUAACGAUCAUCUUGUCGAGUACUAUUUGGCCUGCCAGCAUGCACACAAUUACAACAUUACAGAAGCGUUGGUGCACAUAACGACCGCACUUUCGCUUCGGGCGGAACAUGCAUCCAGCUUGCUGCUGUUCGCUCUUCUUCUGACAGCCAAUCGACGUCCAAAGGAAGCACUGACUGUGGUUCAGGAUGCUGUCCAAGAGUUUCCGGACAAUUUGAAUUUGCUGCAUGUGAAGGCCCAUCUCGAGCUGUAUUUGCGUGAUGUCGAGACGGCACUCGAAACGGUCCAACAGAUGUUUGCGAUCUGGCGAGAGGUAUACGAGGUGCAGCUUGCCAACGCUGCCAACGAGCAUGACAAUGAGAAACAUUCGGAUACGCGCAGCGUCAUACAGAUGCAAUCGUCUCAAAUGUCUGAUAAGGAUUCUAAUUCUAUCCAUGCUGCAUCGUUGGCAGCAUCGCGUAUUGAACAUGCGCUAAGCGAAGCGGCCAGCUCGCUUAGUUCGUUCAGCCCACGACCCGGACCGCAGAAAGCUUGGAUGAUACAGUUCAAGAUAUGGCUGUUACUGGCUGAUGUGUACCUGGCAAUCGAGCAACCGAACGAAGCGAUCAACUGCAUCCAAGAAGCGAGCCUGAUUAAUCCCGUCUCGCAUCAGGUUAUGUACAUGCGUGGCCAAAUUCACAUCUUCCAGUCACAGUGGAAUGAAGCGAAACAGUGCUUCCUGAAUGCCGUCUCGGCCAAUCCGUAUCAUACGGACGCCCUGCGAGCUCUUGGCGAAGCGCAUCUAACGCUCGGUGAACCACGGUUAGCGGAAAAGACACUCAAGGAUGCGGCCAAAAUAGAUCCCAACUGUCCAAAGAUUUGGUUCCUCCUCGGACGUGUUAUGGAAAGUCUGGGUGAUUAUACGGCUUCUGCUGAUUGUAUGUCCACAGCGCUGCAGCUAGAACCGUACUGCCCCGUGCUACCAUUUAACGCAAUCGGACUCGUUUUCGAUUAA